AUGCCUCCAAAACUAGACAUCAAUAAGGCUGGGUGGGAGCAGAGUGAAUUUCCCAUUUUAUGCGAAACAUGUUUGGGUGAUAAUCCUUUCAUUAGAAUGUCCAAACAGGAAUUCGGUCGUUCUUGUGGUACGUGUGCCCGUCCGUUUACCGUUUUCCGCUGGAAUCCAGGUUCGGGCAUGCGUUUCAAAACCACUGUAAUUUGUCAGACUUGCGCAAAGAUCAAGAAUGUCUGUCAAACAUGUCUCCUUGACCUGGAAUAUGGCCUACCGACGCAAGUUCGGGAUACUGCGCUGGGUUUUGUGAACGAAGCUCCGACAAGCGAUAUUAAUAGAGAAUAUUAUGCUCAGAAUAUGGAGGGGAAGCUCGAAGGCAACAAAUCUGGAUUGGAUACCGGAAAAGCUCAGUCGGCGGGCAAAGAAAUGCUUAAACAACUGGCUCGGACAGACCCAUAUUAUAAACGCAAUCGCCCAAAAAUAUGCUCAUUCUUUGUAAAAGGCGAAUGCGCUCGUGGCUCAGAGUGUCCUUAUCGACAUGAGAAACCUGUCGACAAUGAACUUUCUCAUCAGAAUAUACAAGACCGCUACCAUGGUCGUAAUGAUCCUGUAGCCAGGAAAAUCAUGGGAGCACAUGCUGAGAGUCAAGGGCUCAAACCUCCAGAAGAUCCAUCCAUUACCUCCUUGUUCCUAACCUCGCUCUCUCCUGAUUCUACCGAACUUUCCAUCCGCACUCAAGUGUUAAAGUCAUUACCAACAGUGCAACCUGCAGAGCUUAAAUCAGUGGUGCAUGUUGCCAAGUCGCGAUGCGCCUUUAUUAAUUUCAAGGAGAGAAAUACUUGCGAAUGUGCUGCGGGAGCCUGGGCCAACGGGCUCGAGAUUGAUGGAGAGCGGGUGGCUGUCAAAUGGGGACGGUCCAAGGCUUCAAAACCCCCAGCUGUUGUCACUUCGUCACUUGCAGUUGUAUCGUAA